AGGGAGGGGAUGAGGGAGGGGUAGGGCGGCCAGGGGAGCUGCUCAGGGAGGGGAGGGACUUGGCUAGGUCUCCCAAGCCUUCUCCACUCUUCAAACUUUCACCAAACUCUUAGCCCCCGCCUCCCCGAAACCAAAACACAACAAGCUCUGGAAGAGCUGCGAGCGGCGCGGCGGGGCGGGCGGACUCGCGGCGGCACGGUGCCUCGGGAGGCUGAUGCAACUUUCCCUUUAAGAAAGCCACCUGGGCGCACCGCGGCGGACCCAGCUCGCCUGGGCCGGGGGCUGCAGCAUGCUCUUGAGGUCCGUGUUCUGAAAGGUGCUGGAAGCAGAGCCUGUUGGUGAGGUCUGGGUCUGCAAAGUGCCCCCCUCCUAUGACCACAAUGGUCGGAAAAGGUGCCAAAGGGAUGCUGAAUGGUGCUGUGCCCAGCGAGGCCACCAAGAAAGACCAGAACCUCAAACGGGGCAACUGGGGCAACCAGAUCGAGUUUGUACUGACGAGCGUGGGCUAUGCCGUGGGCCUGGGCAAUGUCUGGCGCUUCCCAUACCUCUGCUAUCGCAACGGGGGAGGUGCCUUCAUGUUCCCCUACUUCAUCAUGCUGAUAUUCUGCGGGAUCCCACUCUUCUUCAUGGAGCUCUCCUUCGGCCAGUUUGCAAGCCAGGGCUGCCUGGGGGUCUGGAGAGUCUGCCCCCUGUUCAAAGGCGUGGGCUAUGGCAUGAUGGUGGUGUCCACGUACAUCGGCAUCUACUACAACGUGGUCAUCUGCAUCGCCUUCUACUACUUCUUCUCGUCCAUGACGCACGUGCUGCCCUGGGCCUACUGCAAUAACCCCUGGAACACGCCCGACUGCGCCAGCGUGCUGGACGCCGCCAACCUCACCAACGGCUCCCGGCCCGCUGCCCGGCCCAGCAACCUCUCCCACCUGCUCAACCACACCCUGCAGAGGACCAGCCCCAGCGAGGAGUACUGGAGGCUCUACGUGCUGAAGCUGUCAGAUGACAUCGGGAACUUCGGGGAGGUGCGGCUGCCCCUCCUCGGCUGCCUCGGUGUCUCCUGGGUGGUCGUCUUCCUCUGCCUCAUCCGGGGCGUCAAGUCUUCGGGGAAAGUGGUGUACUUCACGGCCACGUUCCCCUACGUGGUGCUGACCAUCCUGUUUGUCCGUGGAGUGACCCUGGAGGGAGCCUUCACAGGCAUCAUGUACUAUGUAACCCCACAGUGGGACAAGAUCCUGGAGGCCAAGGUGUGGGGGGACGCUGCCUCCCAGAUCUUCUACUCGCUGGGCUGUGCGUGGGGCGGGCUCAUCACCAUGGCUUCCUACAACAAGUUCCACAACAACUGUUACCGGGACAGUGUUAUCAUCAGCAUCACCAACUGUGCCACCAGUGUCUACGCUGGCUUUGUCAUCUUCUCCAUCCUUGGCUUCAUGGCCAAUCACCUGGGGGUGGACGUGUCCCGAGUAGCAGACCACGGCCCGGGCCUGGCCUUCGUGGCUUACCCCGAGGCCCUCACGCUGCUGCCCAUCUCCCCAGUGUGGUCCCUGCUCUUCUUCUUCAUGCUCAUCCUGCUGGGGCUGGGCACUCAGUUCUGCCUCCUGGAGACGCUGGUCACAGCCAUCGUGGAUGAGGUGGGGAAUGAGUGGAUCCUGCAGAAAAAGACCUACGUGACCUUGGGCGUGGCUGUGGCUGGCUUCCUGCUGGGCAUCCCCCUCACCAGCCAGGCAGGCAUCUACUGGCUGUUGCUGAUGGACAACUAUGCAGCCAGCUUCUCCUUGGUGAUCAUCUCCUGCAUCAUGUGCGUGUCCAUCAUGUACAUCUACGGGCACCGGAGCUACUUCCAGGACAUCCAGAUGAUGCUGGGAUUCCCACCACCCCUCUUCUUCCAGAUCUGCUGGCGCUUCGUCUCCCCCGCUAUCAUCUUUUUCAUUCUCGUCUUCACGGUGAUCCAGUACCGGCCCAUCACCUACAACCACUACCAGUACCCGGGCUGGGCCGUGGCCAUCGGCUUCCUCAUGGCUCUGUCCUCUGUCCUGUGCAUCCCACUCUACGCCCUGUUCCAGCUUUGCCGCACAGAUGGGGACACCCUCCUCCAGCGUUUGAAAAAUGCCACAAAGCCAAGCAGAGACUGGGGCCCUGCCCUCCUGGAGCACCGGACUGGGCGCUAUGCCCCCACCAUGGCCCCCUCUCCUGAAGAUGGGUUCGAGGUCCAGCCACUGCACCCGGACAAGGCCCAGAUCCCCAUGGUGGGCAGUAAUGGCUCUGGCCGUCUGCAGGACUCCCGGAUAUGAGCACAGCUGCCAGGGAGUGGCCCCACCACCACCCUGUGCUCCCACCACAGAGACUGGGGAGGCAGUGGACAGGUGUCACUGCCUGCCCCCUGCCACACCCUGGCCAGGACGGCUGCUGUCACCUUGGCCACCACUGCUAGUGUGGUCAUUUGUGCUCGUGUCCCCAGUGUUUACACGUCCUUUGGAUGCCAAGAUGGCAGCUGGGGGUGGGGGUCACGAGGGGAGGGCUGCCAGGGAGCCCAAAGCACUUUGGAGGGGUCUCGGGCCAGGACCUCCAUGGCCUGCCUGGCUUUACAUGGCCUCUGAUGCCCUCGCACUCUGCCCUGAGCUGAGGUCUGGGUAGGUCCCCACCUGUCCCCUCCUUGGGCCUCCAGCCCCAUGACCAGUGUUCCUGCCCUCUGAGUAGACUCCAACCUCUGCCCAGGCAAAUUUGGAUCUUCCUACCAGGGGGCAGGGGGAGGGGCUGUGGGGUGCGCAGUGUUACUUGUCAGGCUGCACUGCCCAGCCCUGUUUAUCUGUGUAAUUAUUUUUGUAAAAAUUGUAUUAUCUGUGGUUGCCACCCCUCACCCCCAGCCUCGGGUCCAAUCCGUCUUCCAGGCCUGCUUGCACCUCACUCGGCUGCUCUGGGGUCUCUGCCCCUCGUCCCAGUCCUGGCUGUCAGGCCCAGCCAACAGAGACUGUGACCCAGCAGCCUGCCCAAAGCACUUGUUUCUGGGGGACAGGGGUGGGGACUGCUCAACAGGAGGCUCAAGUCCAGAACCCUAGGGAAGGGGACCCUGCACGACACCCUCUUGCCCCCAACCAGGCUAAAGGCCCCGUCUUCCCAAACAUGCUGCCCUUGUUCACGUGCCAAAUGGCCCCAGCCCAUGUGCUCCCAUCCCCUCUCUGGAGUCAGAGCUCCUUCUCCCAACACUGCAGUGUCUGUCUGUCCGUCCUCUGUGCCCUCUGUGCAGUGACAGCCCCUGCCACGCCACCUCUAAUCCUCUGUAGCAAUAACGGUGCACCGCCCACCCCCGCCCAUCGUGCACCACUAGGAUUUUAAAGUCCAUAGAUUUUAAUGAAAUUUCUAUUCCUG